CGCAUCGCAUCGCAUCGAUCGCUGCAAGCAGCGAGACUUAGCGUCGACGCCAUGCGAAGCUGUGUGACGCACCGCGUGGUGCUCUCUCUACGUCGCGGCCUCCAAUCGCACGCACGCACGACCUCAUCGCUCACCACUCGACUUGCACCACCGACGUGGCCCUGGUAGGAUCACGCUGACGGCGCUCAUAACAGGUCAUCGUGCGCACGACUGAACUCUCAUCACCCACCCUUAAACCUUGCUUGCCAUCACUGCGACUGCGACUGCUCAUGCGUCGUGACCCCUUCUGCUAAGCUGGUUGGCACGCGGCCGUCGAGAUGGAAGACCACGAGCCGCCAACGAGCCCGAGCGCGAACGGAGCGAGCAGCGAUGAUCGUCUACCGCCGCUCGCAUCGACCAUGUUCAAAUCCAGCUGGGACAAUGCGUCCAUUCGAGCAUCCAGCAUCAAGGAAAAGGAAAAGGAUAGAAAAAAGAGCUUUUCCUUACCGCGAGCUGGUCACUUUCCGAUUCUGGGAGAGAAGCACCUCAUCACGGUGAUGGGGGCCAAGACGGUGAUCCCCAGCAAGGAGCGCAGGAACAACCCCCUCAUCGGUCACGUUGCGCCCGAAUUUCGCCUCAAAGACCAAAAGGAGCGAUGGACGGUGAGCAUGGCGUGGCGUGGCGUGGCUUGGCGUGGCGUGGCGUGGCGUGGCGCUGCAGCAGUGACGCUACCUCCAGGCGCAGCUGACGUCUCGCGCACCGGUGGCUCCAGUCGCUGCACACCACUCUUACGCUUGGUCGCCCAGUCAUCGUCUUGUGAGUCGCAUCGUCUCAUUCAAGCGGAGGUCAUUCAGCGCAGGCUCUGAUGCCAUCAUGUCGGGCCCCCACACUUGCACAGCUUCUUUCCACUGGCAGGCACGCCACACUGCACCACCGAAUCGUGCAUGUUUCGAGACGCCUUGAUGGCCACGCCAGUCUUUCAUCAGACCAGAGCCAUCGUCAUUGGCAUCUCGCAAGACCCGCCUGCAAGAUCUUCGCGCUUUGUGCAGGAGCACAAGCUCACGUACCGCGUGCUGUACGAUGAGGGCAGACGCGUGAUGAACAGGUGGGGAGUCAGCAAGGCCAUGCUGGGUCUGGCGGAUAGCAGGUGCACCUUUGUGGUCGACCCGUCCGGCGUCGUCAGGGGCAUGUGAGUCG